AUGGGUGGUACAUAUUCUGUUGUUGCAGAUAUUUCCAGGGAUACUAAAAAUAAUGCUCCACCCAUAUACUAUGGGAAUGGUAUAGGCAUCACUAGGACAGAUGAACCAGAGAUUAGAAAGAGUGAUGAAGGUGAGGAGAAACAACCACUCCAGAAUUACAAAAUUUAUAAACAUGAGCUUCCGGACAAUAGUGGAUGGUCAUCAACUACUUAUGAACUGAAGGCUAUAAAUUACAAGGAUAAGCAACAACAUGGAUUUGAUACGGUUGGAUUUAAAACCCAUAAGACAGUGGAGGUGGUAUACUGGCUGCGUGAUAGGUACAACUCAUUUCCACUGGUCAUUGGCCUUGGUACAACCAAUUUGAAUUAUUAUAGACGAAAAAAUGACACUAGUAACAGAUGGGAAAGAGUUGAAAGGAUUGUAUAUCCAGCUAAUUUAUCAGACUACAAUAAAGUCCUACCUGAACUCAACGAUAAAUUUAAGGAUGUAGUUGUCAUACAACUUCAAGCAGAUAAAGAUUACUGUGGUCAUCCUUCCGUCAAACAAGGAGAUGGUCCUCAGGUAUCUUGCACAGGAUUAUCGAAUGUUCCCAUUGUAACUGUAACAUGCAACAGUAAGGAUCAUAAAGGAUUUGAUAAAUAUACUCAUACUGGUGGCCUUGGUUCUCCAAUAAAACUACUCUCGGCUGCACAUGGCGAUAAACUACAUUCGUUCAACAUAAAGGAUAUUGAUAAGCAAUAUCAGGAGGUUAAUGUCUAUUACUCUUCAACUGACAGAGGUAAGAUUAAACCAUUGGUCAUAGGACUAGUACCUGUUAGUGGAACACAAUCAGAAUAUUAUACAUUUGAUGGGAAAUUAACCAGGAACCGCAACAUAAACCCUGGAAAAUUGCUGGAUCAUCUAGAUAAACAAAACUGUCUGCGAAACGAUAUUGUUGUAACAGAUCUAUCAAAGAGGGGUAAAUAUUGUUGUGGAGUGAAUGUGCAUAGUAAGAUUCAAGUCCUCCCGAACAGUCGUAACAAUGUACCCAAUGGAUAUACUUCAUAUCUACACCUUCCAACUGGUUCAGCUAUCCUUAGCAUUCACAAGUUCAAGAGCGGUGGUGAUACCCACACCUUUUCAAACCUUUCUGGACGGAUUACCGGGAUUUAUGCUUACUUCUGUAAAAGUGAUGAUCAGAAUAAGCCAUUAUUACUAUAUGUGAAUAAAGGAUCAGGAAGUGCAUGGUUCAAGAGGACUUCUGGAGGAAAUGACACUUGGAUAUACACUGGUCUAAAUUCCCUUCAAAGCUACACACCGAAUUCCCUUAGCAUAAAGCAACCCAUUGAAAAAGUACUCCACGAAAUCUGCAAGGAACUUAAAAUUACAUGUCAACAUGCAAGUAGUAGUGGUACUACUCCUGCUCUUGGAUCCCCUCAAGAUGGUGGAGGCUCUACUGGUUCAGGAGGUAGUCAUACGUCUGGAAAUAGUGGUGUAGGAUCUGGUACUGGUACCGGUUAUGGUGGUAGUUCUGGAUCUUCCGGUGGCGGUUCUACUUCAGUCUCAUCUCAACAACAAGAAACUGCUGUUAGUCAUACUCCACCUGGUCAAGCUGGUCCUGAAGGACCUGCUGGUGAAGAAGGCUCUAGUAGUUCUAGUGGUAGUGGUACUUCUGGAUCUGAAGGCGGCGCUGAAGGACAAGGCUCUGUUGACCUACAGAAGAUUGUUCAGAAGGCACUUACCUUCAUUAAAUCACCAGAAGGCAUAAUUACUGCGUCAGCUACCCCUGGCAUAGGUGGCAUCAUCGGUGUUACUAUCUGGAAAUGGCCUAAUAUCAUGUCGUUUCUAAUCACUCGUGUGUAG